AUGAAUGAAUUAUUCGAAGACUUUUCCAAAGCGCACGCUCUGCGAAAUGGGUACCUGCUAGCACAGACGAUCUCACCGGUGCCGCCUCCUCAUGAACCGCAACGGCUGAGACGCAUAUGGCAGAGCACCAAUACCCAUAGCGCCAAGGGAGACAUUAAGCAUUUCAUCAAGUCCCAGACGUCUGCUCGAAAGACUAUAGAUAAUGACGAGAUCAAUGGAUGGGUUGAAGUAUAUGUCGCAUACUGGAACGCUAUAGGUGAGAUUCUUGCUGGGGAGAGCGGCAAGUCAUCUUGGACAAAAGUCUACGAGGCGUGGAAAGAACUUACUUCCAUGCUAAUUCGGGGAUACAACAACUCUGGCUUUGAAGCAUGGACAAUUCCCACCCUGUACGUCGUUGGGAAGUAUCUGAGGCUGUUUGCUAUCAAGUCCGACGAUGAGAGAAGUCGCUCUUCUACCGAAAACUCCGGAACUGCAGCGCUGAUGCAGGAUGACUUUGACCCGGAACUAGAGAAGCAGGGUCAGCUGAGAGACUGUGAACAGCAUUUGAAGCGUAUAUUUACUCUAUGUCUAAAUGAUAGAGCACCGAUAGAAGAAUCUCGAAAAUGGGGGAUAUACUUUGUUAUCAAUCUGUUGUUCAAGACCUAUUUCAAGCUCAACAGCGCGUCAUUAUCAAGAACGAUUCUGAAAACGUUGGCUGUCUAUAAAGACAAGGGAGACAUGCCACCAUUGGAAGCAUUUCCAAGGACUCAGAGAGUCACUUUUAAAUACUAUGAAGGUGUUCUGUUCUUUCUCGAGGAGAAUUAUGUUCAGGCCGAGAAACACCUUAUUGAAGCAUGGCAACUAUGCCACAAGGAUGCCAAAAGCAACGCAGAGCGCAUCUUGACAUAUCUCAUCCCCUGCCGACUGUUGACUAGUCACGUUCUUCCUACCAAGACGCUGCUGCAACCGUUUCCUCGGUUGCAGGAACUUUUCUUACCACUUGCCGAGUGUAUCAAACGAGGGGAUUUACACAAUUUCGAUCUAGCCCUGCAAAAAGGCGAGGAUGAAUUUGUCAAAAAGCGCAUUUAUUUGACACUAGAACGCGGCCGUGACAUUGCUCUGCGCAACCUCCUACGCAAGGUCUUCAUCGCUGGCGGGUUUGACGAGCUCAAAGAGGGCGAAACAACCCCUGUUCGCAGGACGCGAAUACCAGUCUCCGAAUUUCGAGUCGGGAUUUGCAUGGGUAGUGGCGGGGAGCUUGUCGAUACAGAUGAGGUCGAGUGCUUGUUGGCGAACAUGAUCUACAAGGUAAGCCCAUCCUAA